GACUUUUAAAACAUAAGUUUAUUAAGAAAAUAUCUUCUAUCUGAGCCUAUCUAUAUGCCCAUUAAGUUUGGCUAAGCCUCCGCCAAACACUCUGUAUAAAGUUUAUCAUGAAACAAUUAGGGGUUUCUAAAAAAGUUACUAGUGGGUUAAGUUAAAAAUAGUUCAUCAGGAACGAGAUAUGAAUGGUAGAUAUGUAAAGUUUUAUAAAUAGAUCUAGCCAGAAUAAAGUCUUUUAACUUUAUUCAGAAUAAAAGGAAAAUAACAAAGUAGCUUGUAGAAUAUAGCUGUUGUCAUCUAUAAAAGUGUAUUUUCUAUUUAUAAGAAAAUCCUAUGAUCUUGUAACAAGUUUUUUUAAAUGUUUGUAAAAUAUUUAGUUAUAGGUUUAAUUUUCGGAUAAUUGGCUAAUAUAAAGUAUAAUUUGGUUACUAGGAAUAUUUUAUUUAUUGACGAGGCUACUACGCUCUCUCGAGACUGUGUCACUAAUUUAGGAAUUUUCUUUCCUGGAGGCACCUCAACCUUUGACUUAUUGUGCUCACGUUAUUAACUAUUCCAUCCAGCCUAACACUGGCCAUACUAGCACCAACAGAACUUUUGCUGCUGUAGUGUUUAGUUUAUCUGGGUCAUCACGAGACAAAAUAUUUCUUAUCUUCUACGACAAAGUAUCUCGCGAGUGUAGGUUGUCUGUCGGAAUUUUGGGCUUAGUUUUUCAUUAUACACAUCAUUUCUAUUUAGGUGAUCCUCAAUUGUCAUGUGUCCCGUUUCAACUUCUAUAGGUUUCUCUUUCUGAAAGUUAGAAGAUCUCCGUCAAAAGUGAUUUAAAUAUACAAUAAAAAGAAGAGGAUCCAGGACGGUACCUUGUGGGUUACCCAAGUGGAUUAUUUGACUCUCACUUAGACAGUCUUGUAAUCUAUUGUAAUCUAUAGUUUACUAUGUUUUAUUUUCCAAAUACCUUUGAAAAACCCUUAGAAUAGGACCUCUGCUUCCACAAAGCUCAGGUACUUCCAGGAGCCUUUUAUAAGCUUUUUAUAUUGAAGGUUUUAGCAGGAUCCACAAAGAGGACCAAAGCUUUUUACUUAUGCCAAGGUCAGAUUUAAUUUAUAUGUGCAUAAGAGGAACUAGUAGAUAUAAAUGAUUGUCUUUAAUGAGUUUUGAACUAAUUUUGUUUUGAUCCUAGUAACUAUUAUUUUUAAGAGAUCUAUAUGCAAGAUAAGUUCAUUUUUGGUCACUGGCCUUAGAAACAUAUCUUGAACAAUACUUUCGUUUAUUGUUACUAUCAGAUUUUUGUUUACUAGAAUUUGCAGCUUUAUUUAUUACCCUAUAAAUCCUUUGUCGGAGGGUCGAUAGCUAUUUUAUCCUGUUGGAGUUUUAAGACACAUAGAAGCACCUAAAUCAAAAGUGGUUUGGAUAAUUACUUCAUUUGGUGGGAAAUCCAUAACUUCGAGGGAUAUUUGAUUGAUAAAUCGAUAAAUCACAGAACUAAAACACUAUAUUAUUAACUUUUAAUUAUAAUAUAAUAUUCAUAAACUUAACUACUGAAAACUAACUGAAUUUUAAACGUUGAAAAUUAGACCGUUACAAAAUGCACCUCAACUAGAAACACUGAAAACGUCGUUCCAGAGUGGUGUGUACACCCUUUGAGAUAAUUGGGCCGACUGACAUGAACAAUAAAUUGAGUGCGUGCGAUGAAGAUAUGGUUACAUAACAGGUCUCCAUACGAUAAAGUAACUUCUUACAUGAUCGGUCUUUUAUAGGCAAUUCAGACGCUUUUAAUUGUUAUUGCAAUCGCAACAAAUUCGUUUAAUAUCAUUACUAUUGGCCUUGAUAAUUGCACUGUAGUAUCUAGAUUUUAUUUUUUUUAAGUUGUUUCUAUAAGUCUUGUAUUUUUCUACGAGUAAUUUAUUUUCACGUUAUAUUUUUAGAACGUUACUGCUGUUUGAACUCUUCUCAAUUUUAAAUUUAUCUCCCUCAACGAUAGUCUGGGAGUGUUCAGAAUCAAUUUCUUUUUCCAAUAAAUACCUCAGCAUAUCCAUUACAAAUAUGAUAGAAAAUGUAGAUUACAAAUAUAAAAGAAUAAAAGUUUGAAGCAGGAAAAAGCCAAAAAUUUAGUACAUAACUUCCUUGGAAUUGUAAACGAUGUCUUUAUAUCUCUGUAGGUUUAUGUCUCUGUAGAAAAAUAUUUGUAGGGUAAAACACCCAAUUGUUGGCACCCUUAGUAGUUUUCUUUGAAUAAAAAAGUCGAAUUCAAAUUAAUUUAAAUUCUAAGAAAAUAGACAAAUAGCGGCAACCCUGCCCAAUAACCAGACUUCAUUGUUCACGUUGUGUAAUAUUAUUUAUGGCUUUAGCCGGUAAAAGUGUAGUGAAAUGAUGUGAAUUCUAUCAAAAAUUAGCGUCAAGUUAAGAAUCUUUUUGACAAUUAUGUAAUAUUUUGGUACUUUGGACAGAAGAAUUGCCUGUAGUAGAUAUUUGAUUUGUUGGAUAAAGCGUAAAUUAAAGCUAAAAAAUGGUUUAACCCAUUCUAACCUAACAUUUUUUCUCUUUUUUAAGGGUGCCAAUUAUUGGGCAUGAUAAUUGAUGAUUUUCCAAUUCUUUGGCACCCAUGCCAACUAUUGGAUUUAGCAUUUUAAUUAGCACUCUAAUGAUUGGCACCUCCUUUUUAUCACACUAUUUUGAUUUAGUAAUUUACUUGCUUUUAUAAUUUUAAAAUGUUAUUUGAGGUGGCUAAAAAAAUUGUAUUAAUGUUUGUAAGAAAGGAAAAUUAAUAUUAAUAUAAGGGUGUACAAUAUUAAUAAUAACACGUGUUUCGUUCUUUCUAAUGCAUCACCAGAAUAUAAAUCAACGGGCAAAUUAUGUCUAACCUUUAAUAUUACACUCCUACCUUUUUUAUAUCUACUGUAACUCCGACUUUGCAUUUUUUCUGUAAACUUUUAAAAUUUUUUCCUCCUUAUAAAAUCCCUUAAGUGAAAUUAAUCUACCUAAAUUUGUAUUAUUUCUAGAUGGGAAAAAUUACAAUGAAAAAAAAAAAAUGCUAUUAAAAAAUAUAGUGAAGAAUUAAUUCAGAAAGCUUUGAGCGAAAUUAAAAACGGCGCAACAAAAAAGUCUGUAGCCAAGAAGUACCAAAUCCCUAGAUCUACUCUCCAAUUCCGAUUGGGAGCUAAAUUUUCCAAAGCUAGACCUGGUCCAAAUACUUACCUGACUGAAAAUAAGGAAAAGCUGCUCGUAGCUUGGAUUCUCGAAAGUCAGAAAAAAGGCUUUCCAACACGGAAAAUUGAUUUACAGAUAUCAGUGCAACAGUUUUUAGAUGAUGAUAAACGUCCAAAUCCAUUUAAAAAUAACAUGCCAGGUGACCACUGGUAUAGGUCAUUCUUAAAUCGACAUCCUAUUUUAACUCAUCGCACACCAGUAGCAGUAACAAGUGCAUCAUCUAACGUUUCUGAAAACGAUAUUAAAAAAUGGUUUGGGGAUAUAGAAACGUACCUAAAAAGUAAAGGAUACUUUUCCAUUUUGGAAGAUUCGCGACGAGUGUAUAAUGGUGAUGAGACAUGUUUUUUGUUUUGCCCAAAACUUGGAAAAGUUCUAGCAGCAAAGUCUGAGAAAAAUGUUUAUGAAGUUGACAAGGGCCAGGCAAAGCAAAAUCUAACAGUAAUGUUUAGUUUUUCGGCCGCAGGGGAUGUGACUCCGCCUCUAAUAAUAUUGCCCAAUAAGAGAAUAUCAAAAACUUUAUCAGACAGUGUUCCAGAUCACUGGGGUAUUGCCUCCACUGAAAAUGGCUGGAUGAAGUCCGAAGUUUUUAUUGAUUAUAUCAAAGAAAUAUUUCAUAAGAACCUUGUGAAACAGCAAAUUUUAUUUCCCGUUAUUUUAUUUGUUGAUGGACAUGCAACACAUCUCACCUAUGAGCUUAGUAAAGUGUGCAGUCAGUUGCAAAUAAUUUUAGUGGCUUUAUAUCCCAACUCAACAAGAAUUAUGCAACCGGCAGACGUUUCUUGUUUUAAGCCGCUAAAAACAUUCUGGAAGUACGGAGUACUAAGCUGGAGAAGAGAAAAUCCAUAUUGCCAAUUAGGAAAACAUCACUUUGCUCCCAUAUUGGAUAAAGCACUAAAAAAUUUAAAGGGCGAGGCUAUAGUCAACGGUUUUAAAAGUUCUGGUUUGUUUCCGUGGAAUCCAGAGAGUAUUGAUUAUUCUAAAUGUCUCGGUAAGAAACAAAGGGAAAUUGAACAUCUAGAGGAAAUUAAAACCGACAAAAAAAUCGACUAUGAUUUAUUUUGCAAAAUGCUAAAUACUGAUCUUCUUCAAAAGCUUGAAACCGGAAAAGCUGUAGAAAAUCAUAAAAAUUGUAAAUAUUUUGACAUUUUAAGAAACAUUUACUCCAAGCUUAAACCAUCCAGCGCUUUAAAUAUCUCUAUAGUAGAAAAUAGUCUUAUAGAGGUUGAGCAGGAAAUAAAUGAAUAUGAAAUAGGGGUUGCAGAAAUUGAAGAAAAUGUUCAAUAUCUUGAAGAAGAAAUACUUAGCAUGUCUGUAGUUUUUGAAAUUGCUCGGAUGGAUAAUAAUGAUGAAUUUCCUGAAAGUGAUGAAAUAUUAGAAGACAAAUAUGAUGAUCAUGAUGAAGAUGGACAAUCGACAAAUUUGGAAAAUAUUAAAAUUAAAAGUCCUAAAAAAACAGAAUCUAAAAUCUCGAACGAAGAUGUUUACACACCUAAAAAGAAGAAACCAAAAUUGAUUAUAUCUCAAAAUAUCAUAUUAAAAAGUGCAAAUGACUCCGUGCUUGAAACACAUAAAAGUGAUGAUAAUGUGGAUCCUGUGCCAAACGAAUUAAAUAUAGCACACUACUUAGAAAAGCCUAAAACACCUGAAAGAAGCGGAAAGAGGACAUCUACAAGAACAUCAUUUGUUUUAAUUUCCUCUGACUAUAAAAAAAGUCUUCAAGAAAAGGAAGAAAUAAAAAUUGAAAAGGAAAAAAAGAAGAAAGAAAAUGAUUAAAAAAAAGAGGAGAACAAGCAAAAAAUAAUAUAACAAAAGAAAAGGACAAAGGUGUUAAAAAAAUUAAAUAUGUCUAAUUACUCAAACAUUUUUUCAGAAGCGAGUCCAAGCACUCAAAUAAAUAAUAUACAGGUUGCAAAAAAGAAAGAA